GUGAGUUGUGGUUUAAACUUGGAGUCUGGCGAGAUCGCUGGAGACCGAAUCUUGGUUGAAUUUGGCUGUUGAUUCCGACGUGGGUGGACCGUGAGGUCGUGAGUGGCUGGGCGCGCGGGUCCCGCGAGGAAGGAGCUGGUCCAAAAUGGCUACCCUGAUCUUUGUUGAUAAAGAAAAUGGAGAACCAGGCACUCGUGUGGCUCCCAAGGACGGGCUGAAGCCGGGGUCUAGGCCUCUCAAAGCUUUAGAUGGGAGAUCUCAGGUUUCAACACCACGCGUAGGCAAAAUGUUUGAUGCUCAAGCAGCCUUACCUAAAGUUACCAGAAAGGCUUUGGGAACUGUCAACAGAGCCACAGAAAACUCAGUAAAGACUAAUGGAUCUCUCAAACAGAAGCAGCCAAACUUCUCUGCCAAAAAGGUGACUGAGAAGACUGUCAAAGCAAAAAGCUCUGUUCCUGCCUCGGAUGACACCUAUCCAGAAAUAGAAAAAUUCUUUCCCUUCAAUCCUUUAGAUUUUGAGAGUUUUGACCUGCCUGAAGAGCACCAGAUUGCACGCCUCCCCUUGAGUGGAGUGCCUCUCAUGAUCCUCGAUGAGGAGAGGGAACUCGAGAAGCUGUUGCACCUGGGCCCCCCUUCACCUCUGAAGAUGACCUCUCCACCAUGGGAGUCGAAUCUGUUGCAGUCUCCAAGCAUUCUGUCGACCCUGGAUGUUGAAUUGCCACCUGUUUGCUAUGACUUAGAUAUUUAAAUUUCUUAGCACUCAGUAGUUUGUGUGUAUGUUUUGUAUUAAUAAAGCAAUUCUUUAACAGACUCUUCCU